AUGUCCUCAACAACGCACUUCCCCGACGCCGAGGGCUUUCAACAGCAGUCUAACAACUUCAUGUCAUGGCUGCAAGCCACACCAGGAGUGCAACUCAAUCCCAAGAUCAGACUUGCAGACCUUCGAGCCAGUGGAGCCGGACGCGGUGUUGUGGCACAAAGCAACAUUGCUGAAGACGAAGAACUUUUCUCGAUUCCGCGCGGAAUGGUCCUCGCCGUGCAAAAUUCCGAGCUGGGGUCUUUGCUCGGGCAAAAUCUGGAGGAGCAGAUGGGUCCGUGGCUUUCUCUGAUGUUGGUCAUGCUGUACGAAUAUCUACAAGGCGAAAAAUCCAGAUGGGCUCCAUAUUUCCGGGUGCUGCCCUCUCGUUUCGACACCCUCAUGUUUUGGUCGCCGGCUGAGCUGCAAGAGCUGCAGGGUUCUACCAUUGUUGAGAAGAUCGGCCGGGCAGGUGCUGAGGAGUCGAUCCUGGAAUCUGUCGCUCCCGUCGUGGUUAAGAACCCUACCCUGUUCCCGCCACCCCAGGGUCUUGCGUCUUGGGAGGGUGAUGCUGGCCGUACUAGCCUAAUUGAGUUGUGCCAUAUCAUGGGAUCCCUUAUCAUGGCGUAUGCCUUUGACAUUGAAAAGCCCGAGGAGGAGGGCAAUGAUGAAGAGGCCGACGAUGAGAGCUACAUGACUGAUGACGAAGACGAGCAGUUGCCGAAGGGUAUGGUCCCGCUUGCCGACCUUCUCAAUGCAGAUGCGGCCCGGAACAACGCUCGCCUAUAUCAAGAAGAAGGCACAUUGACAAUGAAGGCAAUCAAGCCAAUCCAGGAAGGCGAGGAAAUCUUCAACGACUACGGAGAAAUCCCGCGCGCAGAUCUCCUCCGCCGAUACGGCUACGUGACCGAUAACUACGCCGUGUACGACGUGGUCGAGCUGUCCCUGGAGGACAUCUGCCAAGCCGCAGGGCUAUCAAGCGCCAGCCCGGAAACCGAGCCCCGACUCGAGCUUCUCGACAACGUCGGUGCCCUUGAGGAUGGCUACGUGAUCCCCAGACCUGUCAACGACAAUCCGUCCUUGAAAGACAUCCUGCCAAUGGAAUUGGUCGUUCUUCUUACUACGCUCGCUCUCCCCACUGCGGAGUUCAAUGAGCGUGCGUCCAAGAAGAAGGCUCCCAAGCCGGCCAUGGAUGCCAAUGCCGCUGCCAUCUUGGGCUUCUCCCCCCCGUUGCCUUCGUCUGGAGACGUGGAUGAGAGCGCCCGUCGCGCACGGAUGGCUCUCCAGGUCCGCAUUGGUGAGAAGGAGGUCCUGCAGGCUGUCCUGGGCAUGCUGCAGCCCGCUAGCAACGGGUCAUUGAAGCGAUCGGCCAAUGGUGAUGACGGUGAAUUGCGACAGUUCAAGACUCAGAGGAUAUGA